UCUCAAUGAACUUGCAGUUGGGCGCGCCUCCCCCGCCAGCCAACUCAGGGUGAACGCUCGCUCAGGAACCGCUAUUAUUUUCCGCAUCCUCAGAGCCUCCCAGGCCAUGGCCUUAGUGGGAACUACCACAGGCGGGACGCCGCAGGGACUGGGAUCCGAGGCGUCAGCGACCAGCUUUCCUAGCGCAACCCCGGUGCCGGGCCCUGGGGAGGCGGAAGAGGAUGACGCGGAGGAGCCAGCGGAGAUCCAUCUGUGUGUGCUGUGGAAUUUAGGCCACUUGGGCAUUGCCUACUAUGACACUAGUGACUCCACCAUCCACUUCAUGCCAGACGCCCCAGACCACGAGAACCUCAAGCUCCUUCAGAGAGUUCUGGAUGAAAUCAAUCCCCAGUCUGUUGUUACGAGUGCCAAACAGGAUGAGAAUAUGACUCGGUUUCUGGGGAAGCUUGCCUCCCAGCAACGGAGAGAGCCGAAGAGACCUGAAAUCAUAUUUUUGCCAAAUGUGGAUUUUGGUUUGGAGAUAAGCAAACAGCGCCUCCUUUCUGGAAACUACGCUUUCAUCCCAGACUCCAUGACCACCACUGAGAAAAUUAUCUUCCUCUCCUCCAUCAUUCCCUUUGACUGUCUUCUCACGGUUCGAGCACUUGGAGGGCUGCUCAAGUUCCUGGGUCGAAGAAGAAUCGGGGUUGAACUGGAAGAUUAUAACGUCAGCAUCCCCAUCCUGGGCUUUAAGAAAUUUGUGUUGACCCAUCUAGUGAGCAUAGAUCGAGAUACUUACAGUGUUUUGCAGAUAUUUAAGAGUGAGUCUCACCCUUCAGUGUACAAAGUGGCCAGUGGAUUGAAGGAGGGGCUCAGUCUCUUUGGAAUCCUGAAUAGAUGCCGCUGUAAAUGGGGAGAGAAGCUGCUCAGGCUGUGGUUCACACGUCCAACUCAUGACUUAGAGGAACUAAAUUCUCGUUUGGAUGUCAUUCAGUUUUUCCUGCUACCCCAGAAUCUGGACAUGGCUCAGAUGCUGCAUCGGUUGCUGGGUCACAUCAAGAAUGUGCCUCUGAUUCUGAAACGCAUGAAGUUGUCCCACACCAAGGUCAGCGACUGGCAGGUUCUCUACAAGACUGUGUACAGUGCCCUGGGCCUGAGGGAUGCCUGUCGCUCCCUGCCCCAGUCCAUCCCGCUCUUUCGGGACAUUGCCCAAGAGUUCUCUGAUGACUUGCACCAUAUCAUCAGCCUCAUUGGCAAAGUGGUGGACUUUGAAGGCAGUUUUGCUGCAAAUCACUUCACAGUCCUUCCCAGCAUAGAUCCUGAAAUUGACGAGAAAAAACAAAAGCUGGUGGGACUUCCCAGUUUCCUCACUGAGGUCGCUUGGAAAGAGCUGGAGAGUCUGGACUCCCGCAUUCCUUCAUGCAGUGUCAUCUAUAUCCCUCUGAUAGGCUUCCUUCUUUCUAUUCCCCGCCUGCCUUCCAUGGUGGAGGCCAGUGACUUUGAGAUAGAGGGACUGGAGUUCAUGUUUCUCUCAGAGGAGAAGCUGCACUAUCGCAGUGCUCGAACCAAGGAGCUGGAUGCAUUGCUGGGGGACCUUCACUGUGAUAUCCGGGAUCGGGAGACCCUGCUGAUGUACCAGUUGCAGUGUCAGGUGCUGGCACGGGCAGCUGUCUUGACCCGGGUGUUGGACCUUGCCUCCCGCCUGGACGUCCUGCUGGCUCUUGCCAGUGCUGCCCGGGACUAUGGCUACUCAAGGCCCCGCUUCUCCCCCCAACUCCUUGGAGUGCGAAUCCAGAAUGGCAGACAUCCUCUGAUGGAACUCUGUACCCGAACCUUUGUACCCAACUCUGCAGAAUGCGGUGGGGACAAAGGGAGGGUCAAAGUCAUCACUGGACCCAACUCCUCAGGGAAGAGCAUAUACCUCAAACAGGUCCAUGCCAUUCCCCACUGUGCCCCUGCUGACUUCCUGUCCCUCUCUACUGAUCCUAAAGUAGGCCUGAUCACAUUCAUGGCCCUGGUGGGCAGCUUUGUACCAGCAGAGGAAGCUGAGAUCGGGGCAGUAGACGCCAUCUUCACCCGAAUUCAUAGCUGCGAGUCCAUCUCCCUGGGCCUUUCCACUUUCAUGAUCGACCUCAACCAGGUGGCAAAAGCAGUGAACAAUGCCACGGAGCAGUCCCUUGUCCUUAUGGAUGAAUUUGGCAAGGGAACGAACACGGUAGAUGGGCUUGCACUUCUGGCUGCUGUGCUCCGACAUUGGCUGUCACUUGGUCCCAUGUGUCCCCACAUCUUUGUGGCCACCAACUUUCUGAGCCUCAUUCAGCUACAGCUGCUGCCACAGGGGCCCCUUGUGCAGUAUUUGACCAUGGAGACCUGUGAGGAUGGGAAUGAUCUUGUCUUCUUUUAUCGGGUUUGCGAAGGUGUUGCCAAUGCCAGCCAUGCCUCCCACACAGCUGCCCAGGCCAGGCUUCCUGACAAGCUCAUUUCUCGUGGCAAGGAGGUCUCAGACUUGAUCCGCAGUGGAAAACCCAUUAAGCCUAUCAAGGAGUUGCUAAAGGAGAGGCAAAUGGAAAAUUGCCAGACAUUAGUAGAUAAGUUUCUGAAACUGGAUUUGGAAGAUCCUAACCUGGACCUGGAGAUUUUCAUGAGCCAGGAAGUGCUGCCUGCGGCCACCACCAUCCUCUGAGAGUCCUUCCUCUGCCCCCUCCACUUCCCA